AUAUUGACAAAAAUAGAGAAAUAGUAAGUGUAGCAUUUUAUAUAAACAAAGGAAUUAUUGAUAUUGAAAUAGAACAAGAAACUGCACAUUUCAAUAUUAAUGGAAUACCAGCAUGUAGAAUUCAAUUUCCAUUACAAAAUGCAUUUGCCUUAACAGUUCAUAAAACACAAGCGAUAACAUUACCACAGACCUCACUUUAUUUAAAUAAUCAAAUUUGA